AUGAAUGGCCAAGACUACGAUGAAAGUUCUUCUUCUGCAGCUGCUUCCACUAAUCCUGUUUCAGUCGACCAACGGAUGGGGAAGAAACAGCGAUUUAUGAAUCUCAUGAGGACUACGAAGGACGUUUACAUUCCCAAUCUAACGUCAUCCAUAUCUCAGAAAACAAUGGAUGGUAUUAGAAGCACUACGAAUUCUUUUGAGGGCUCCAAUGAUAUGUUGCCGCAGUUGCCGUACAACACCAUGAUAUCAUUUUACCCAACGUAUACCACAACGAACUUAGUCGGCUCGGACGGCGUAAGUGCUCCACGAAAAGAUUUUGAAACUACCGUUAGAUGUGCUGUAUCUUAUCCAGGGAACCCCACGAGUAGGAGAAAUAGAUGGCUGGUUUCUCUCUGUAAGCAAUAUCUUAGGACAGGAACCGUGGAAGCCGAUAUUGCGGCCGUGGUUCCCGCACGCCUCGAAGACGAUGCUGAAGACUUGAUGGAUUCUCAAUCAAGUAUAGAUAGCUCGUCAUCUUCGAAAAGUGGCAAUACGUCUCCCCAUACGGGCACCCAAGAGGAAGAUGUUCUGAAUGAGAGAAUUCAAGGAUUCUUGGCAAGGAAAGUUCCGAAUACUCCGAUAGUAGUUGAUCUUUUGCCCAAAGAUAGCCUUCGCGGUGAUACAGCUUCGUUUUUUGGUACCACAGACUAUUACGGUAACUUAUUGCUUAAGGCAGAAACAGAUUUCUUACCCUCGAAAAUCAACAUUACGUUGGAUACCCCUGUGGCUGGCCGCCCAGAUUCAAUAUCUCAGAGUUUUCCCGUCAAUUAUGUCUCACCCUAUGGUGUUGGUUUAAUCAGUGACAUCGACGACACUAUCAAGCAUACAGGUGUUACGGGUGACAAGAGAUCUAUGUUUCGUAACGUGUUUAUUCAUGAUGUGAAAUCAUGGGUAAUAGACGGUGUUCCUCUUUGGUAUAAGACUCUGCAUGACGUUGCCGACGUGGACUUCUUUUAUGUGUCCAAUUCUCCCACUCAAACAUUCCCCAUUUUGAAAAGUUAUAUUUACACAAACUAUCCUCCAGGUCCAAUCUUUUUGAAGCAGUAUUCUGGCAAUUUUUUUUCAACUAUUAUGACUUCGAGCGCAAAUAGAAAAAUUGAGCCAAUAAUGAAUAUAUUGAGAGAUUUUCCCAAAAAGAAAUUCAUUUUGGUAGGAGAUUCUGGUGAGCAUGAUUUAGAAGCUUACACCACGACUGCGUUGCAAUUUCCAAACCAGAUUUUGGCUAUUUACAUAAGGUGUUGUUCUAAUUCAAUGAGUGAUUCCCCGUUGCAUGAACAAGAAGUAAUGAGAGAAGUGAACAAUAUCAUCGAGUUGCAACAAGAACCUAUCCAAACACCGAAAUCUUCUCUGCACACCAGAAGAAGACCGCCCCCUCCCCCUCCUCCUGUGCCUUCCAGUCGGAAGCCAUCGCUAACAAAAGAGCAGACCGAAAGUAUUAGAUUAUCACGUCACAAUGAAGUUGAAAAUACAACCAACAAGGCUAUACCCCCGCCACUACCGAAAAGAACUUUACCUAACGUAGAGGCAGACGAUUACUGUUUACCAUCUUCUCAAAACGAUUACGGUAUGUAUGGUGCUUUUAUGGACAGAAAAGCUGACGAAUGGAAAAGAAGAGUAAUGGAUUCAAUUCAAAAGUUGAGCAAUCAGGAUACUACGUUGAUGUUUUUUUCUGAUCCAGCAAUUAGUUUAGAAGAUAGCAUCCGUAGAAUUAGGGAGAAGUACGCAAGUUAA